GAAUUAGAGGCCAUGUGCCUCUGUUCCUCUUUCUCUCUGCCUUAUUAGCUGACACUCUGACAUAUCAGCAGAGAGCAUCUGGUCCUGACAAGCAGCUGCUCAGUCAAGAUGUCUCUGUGCUGUUGGUUCAUUCUGGUGGCUCUCAUCUCUACGACCUCAAGCAAAAACCCUGGAGUAAAGGUCAAGCUGACACAAAAAGGCAUUGAAUAUGGCAGACAACUGGGCAUGGCUUCGAUCCAGCAGAAACUCAAAACCAUCAAAAUCCCAGACAUGUCAGGAAAACAGAGGGUGUCUCCUAUCGGCAAAGUCAAGUACAGUUUGUCGAAUAUUCAAAUAGUGAACGUGGGCUUACCAGAGUCUGGAGUGACUCUUGUCCCGGGGACUGGCGUCAGACUGUCCAUUGGUAAUGCCAACCUCAGUCUGCGUGGAAGGUGGAGGGUCAAGUAUUUCCGAAUAAUAAAGGACAGGGGCUCAUUUGAUUUGAGUGUGACUGGACUCAGCAUCAGCCCAAGCAUCGCCGUCAAGAGUGACGAGAGAGGCCGACCAGCGGUGAGUGCUGUCAACUGUGCUGCUACUGUCAGCAGCGUGAGGGUCAAGUUCCACGGUGGAGCCAGCUGGCUGUACAAUCUCUUCAAAAAAUUCAUUAACAGGGCUCUGCAAAAGACAGUGCAGAAACAGAUGUGCCCUCUGGUGGCCAACGCAAUAUCUGAUCUGAACCCUCAGCUGAAAACUCUCAAUGUUCUGGCCAAGGUAGACAAGCAUGCAGAGAUUGAAUAUUCCAUGGUGGCAUCACCCACAGUUACAAAGUCUUCUUUAGACUUGAGCUUGAAGGGAGAAUUUUACAAGAUUGGGGGGCAUCAGGAGCCUCCAUUCUCCCCCGUGGCCUUUUCCCUGCCGCCCCAGAUCAACAACAUGUUGUACAUGGGCAUGUCCUCCUUCACUGUCAACUCUGCAGGCUUUGUCUACAACAGAGCUGGAGUCCUCACCCUGAGCAUCACCGAUGACAUGAUCCCGAAAAUCUCUCCCGUCCGACUCAGCACCAGGACAUUUGGGACCUUCAUCCCGGAGAUCAGCAGGCGUUUCCCAGGUCUGUUGGUAAAACUGCAGGUGAAGACGGUGAAAGAUCCCGUCGUCACCUUUGAGCCCAACAAUGCUACCAUUCAGGCCACCGGCAGCGUGACGGCCUUCGCUAUCCAACCCAACAGCACACUUACCCCCCUCUUCGUCCUGAACUUGGACACCAGUGUCAGCACCAAACUGUUUGUCAGUGGAAUGAGGCUGGCUGGAGCUGUCUCCCUCAACAAAAUGGCUCUGACCCUGGGGACAAGUUAUGUGGGAAAAUUUGAGGUCAGUUCCCUCAGCAGCAUCCUGUCAGUCGUCCUCAGAUUGGUAGUCAUACCCCAAGUGAAUGUUCAACUUGCAAAGGGAUACCCACUUCCUGCAAUUGGAAAGAUGAAGCUUGUGAACACUCAGGUUCAGGUCCUGAAGGACUACAUGCUGAUUGGAACAGAUGUUCAGUUUGCAAGUUAAGCUGCAUGCCUUAAAACUCCCAGGAUGCCUUUCUGCACUGAAGCAUGUAGGAACAAUCACAGCAAGAGCACAACUACCUGACAGAGAAAUUUCGAAGAAAUCAAGUGUUGUGCAAGUAUUACUUCUCCUGCAAACCUGAGAAAAGCAUGCCUCUGGUUUGCAUUUGGAUCUCACAUCAGAUUUUUAUCUUUUCUUUUUUUUUUUAUAUAUACUGUAUAUUGUUUUUUCUUUUAAAUGUGAACUGUGUCCAGCUUUUCUACAUAUGAAAUGUAGCGAACCUCUCCACGAGGGUUUACUGCAGCCCUGUCAUAACAGGCGACAGUCUGCAGGAGGACGGGGGGGGAUUUGCUGCUGUCACCAUAAUCAUCUUUUUUGAAAUAACGUGCUCCUUCCAAAGCAGAUCACAGCACUUUCUCUUGCUGACUUUAGGCAAAUUCUUUCUCAAAGUUUCCAACUUUGUAGCUCACGCAGCGAUUGUAUAAAUGUGCUGACCAAAUGACAUUUUUAAACCAGUUUGGAAAAUGUCCACAAAAAAAUUAAAAAAAAAUGCCAUGACAUCAAUCUGGCACCACUGCUGACAGCAAAACAGACAGUAUUCUUUUAAUUUACAUCGUCCAAACAGGUUUCAGUAUCUUAAGUAGUUUAAUAUGUACAUACACACAGACGGUACCGACAGCAUAAAUAAUCCAUUGCAGUUUUCGUAGCUCAUCGUCUGUAAAAAAAAAAAAAAAAAAAAAAAAAAAAAAA